GGCGUGGAGCUUCUGGGUCCGUCACUUAAGUUCAAAGACUUCUAUAUCAAUGUAUUGAUCACCAGAAAAAGAUCCCGUAAGACGAGAAAGAUAAUGCAAUACUUGACACUUUCCAAAUCGGCUUGUUUGGGCACGCAGGAUUGAUUGAAUGGAAGAUUUAGCUCCGGGGGUAAACAAAAUAGACUCUCAAAAAGAAAAUAACUUUUGGACGCAAUCUAUAUAAUCGUUUUUAUUCUCUGUGCAAUCAACUGUCAUUCACUGACGUAGAUAGAAUGGUGCGAGACCAUCUUUGGAUUUCAGAUCUAGAAUUUUACCUUUCUCAUUUUAAAGGUAAUUCUUCGCUUGGCUGUGUUGAUUUUAAAAUUGUUGAAAGUUUUUAAAUAAGAUAUUGACAUAAACCCACUACGUUUUCUAUUCAUGGUCGCCAGUCCUUUAGUGUUGAUUGCUCAAAAGUUUGAGAACUAUUUAGCCAGAGAUACAUGAAUCGUUCUCAUUUAGGAGUUAGUCCAACACGGAAAAGAAUUACUGGACAGUAAACAUAAGUGUCUGUUGAGAACGUUAGGAAAGAAGAAUUUUACCAUGAAAUUCCGAGGAAGGGGUAAAUCUGCCCCUAUUGUACAACUAACGGACGUGAUUGAGAGGGGAUAUUUUCAGCAGGUUCGGUUCUUCAUCGAUCUGGGAAUAGACAUAGACUCCCCUAAUGGGAACCAGCGGACCCCCUUAAUGCUGUGUUCUGUGAUGGAGCCCGAGGAAUGGGGAACGGGAAUCGCACGCCUCCUGAUAGAGAAGGGGGCCCUCCUUGACUGUGUGGACAGAUAUGGAAUGAAUGCCAUGCAUUUAGCCUGCAUCUACGGUCGUGUAGAACUGGCCCGAAUUCUUCUAAAUGCCCUGGACUUUGAUUUAACAGAGGGGGAUAAAUGGGGCAAUACCGUUCUUCAUUACGCCUUGAGAGCAGGAAGUGUGCCGUUAGUCCGGCUUGUAGUGCAUGCUCAUAAAAAGUACAAAAUACAGAUGGACAGAAAAAACCGUGACGGACUCUCAGCGUUGGAGGAGGCGCACAAGUUUUCCCAUGGGCGCUGUGCGGCGAUUAUCUCUGCGGCGGAGAGGAUCGCGGAGGAAGAUGUGGAAUUGCUAUUGCCGCCUCCCACAUUGGACCUCAGAUUUUCCAAAGACACACUAAAUACACACAGUGCUUCGGAGCGUUCCGUAAUGCGCCCAAAGACUGCCUUUGUUACUCGGCGGGGCUCCCUGUCCAGUAGUAGUUCAACAUCUAGUAUAUAUCUGGCGCAGAAACCCAUAUUUGUGCGUGAAUUCGCAGGAGCUAGACGAGAAAAGUUACCCAAUGAGAAAGAUUUUAAUCAAAUUAUUCGUUGUGCUAGUUUAUCAGACUUCAGAAAUAAUCCAGAGUAUUUGUACAAUUUGACUGUGCCCGGUGCGAUUCCACCAAACGGUUGUCAGACAGGACACAGACAAACAGAUAGACCUAAGUCGUGUUAUGUUAGGCGCCCUAAUUCGGUGUCAAGUGAGGGCCCUGGCUUCAGUUGGCGGGUAGAGUUUAAAAAAUUGUUUGUACAUUACGAAUACCAGUGUACCCCAUCGUAUAGGGAUGCUGCUAAGUAUGUUCCCGGGGAACUCCCAUCGCUUGACGGAAAUAUAUCCCCGGUUCCUCACGAAGACGUCGAGGAUGGAGAGCGCGGGAAGAAGGGGAAGCGAUGUGGGAGUGGGAAAAAGGAAACGGCGGAAAAAUCACGAAAACAAUCACAGCAACAACAAAAACAGCGCAAACAGUCGAACAUACAGGUUCCCCAGGACAAGGGAAAACAGUCUUCUACGUCACUAGAUGGGUCACUGGGGUCAAGUAGUGAGUCGAUUGGAAGCAGUGGCGCGUCGUCCAAAAAACAGCAGGGUAAUACCGGUGAUACGCAAAGCAAUAAACCGACUCGGGAAAAAUCCUCGACUGAGAGUCACGGCCGAAUGAGUCGGACAAUGCAUUACGGAAAGAACGUCCCGCACGUGGCAGUUCAUGACGGUGACGGUAGUUCCGGUGACGGACGGACAUCCAAGACGCCACCUAUCGACCAAAACAGACUUAAGCCUUGAAAACAAUUGUUCGUUAGCUGCAUUUAUCAUAUACAUACGUUUUAUGUAUCGUGUAACCCGGAGCUUUCAUUGAUGGCGUUGCCAUGUUUUUUCUUUUUCUUUUUCAUUUAAAGAAACCAAACUUAAGUAUUUAUAGUUCAGACUAUGGAUUAAGGAAUAGAAAUCAACUACUAGUACUGCAUUUAUGUUUGUUUCCAUCAUAAUGAACACACAAAGGAUAGUCAGACUUCAAUAACGGACAAAUACACAAAACUAAUCCAAUAUUUACCCAGCAAUUUCCUCAAGUCAUGAAGAAAAGGGACGGAACUAUAUUUAUGUGAAUAACUGGACAGCAUUCAGCUGCAAAGAAAGCGACACGUAUUUGUCCGCAGUGACAAGUAUACGCAAUUACAUGCCAAUUUUUCUGGCUUUCGACUGUGCUUAUAGAAUUUAAAUUAAAUAAAAAUAUCACCCAAGUCUUUCAUUGUUGGCGAGUAUCAGAUAUGAUUGUCAUUCAAUUUCU